AUGUCAUUACCGGGCCGUACCAACAAGGACUGCCGCAAGCGGUGGGCAAAGAUCCAAGUCGAUAUUCGAAAAGGUGCUUGGACACAAGAAGAAGACGAGAGGUUGCAGAAGGCCGUGGUGCAACUCGGAUGGUCACAAGUAGGGGCCAUGGUUCAAAGUAGAAAUGCCGACCAAUGCGCGAAACGUUGGCAACAUGUAUUGGGACCCGACGUUAAGCAUUGUUCAUGGACCCCCGAGGAGGACAAGAAGUUGUUGGACGCGAUGGGCAAGUUUGGAAACAACUGGAAGCAGAUUGGUCUUACCGAGCUGCCGGAUCGUUCCACCCACGAUCUACGCAACAGGCAAACCCAUGACGAGGAAAUGGCCAGCAGUAGUCCUGACGUUAAUGAUGAGGACGAGAGUUGCGAGGGUGACGGUGACGACGGAUUUGAUGAAGGUUCCGAGUGCGAAAUGACCGACUCAAGCAGAAAUCAGAAGCAUCAGCUCGUGAUGGACAUGAGUCUCCUGUCCGAAGAACCAGUGGAGGCAACAGAACUCGGGCCCACGUCUACGAUCAUACCAGACUACCGUCACUCAGACACAUUCUUGGCAGUACCCGCUCUGGAGUUGCCAGGUACUACUUUCGACAUGUUCGACCCGAGCUGCAUAGGCACCUCAGAUCACUCAUCGGGGAAUUCGGCUAUUCAAACUCCGGAUAGCGAUUGGAUGUCUUGGCUCAAUUCGCUUGAGAAUGACACCUCAGUUUCGCUGGAAUCCCGGCCCUCAUGGUGGGAUGAAGGUCCCACUGAUCAAAGUUACUUUCAUGACUCCAGCUAUGGAAGUUUUGAUGUCAACACGGCUGGUAUUUCGGAUACUAUUCAUAUCUCAAGAGCAAGGAAACGUGUCAAAGGCGAGGCUUCUCCAAGAGCUUCUCUCGGGUCAGUGACUCGCGCUGAGAACCCAUCGAAGGACAAUGGACAGAUGGGUCUUGUCACUUUGUCUCUGGACCAAGUAGACCCGAUAAUCGCCAACGAGAUAAUAGGAAGCGUCAUGAAGCACAGCGCUGGUCUCAAGAUCAACUGUACCGUCAAUAAUCACCCAUAA